AAAUCUUUUUCUUUAUUGGACUGGGAUAUCGAAGAUUGCAAGGUCUGCGAGUUGAGCAAUGAGCCUUCCUUUAGAAUCGGGCUGUUCAAAGUUAUAAAAAACAAUGCAGCUUCACACCAUGAUUUCUUUUCAUUACAUUGAUGACAUGAUAUUCAUCAUUUCGCUUAACGAAGAGCUGAAGAGCUCUAGAUAUUGUCAGUAGUCUACAAGUCAAAAUCCUUCAAUUUUUUUCUGAGCAAUCAAACAGACAACAGAAAGAAAAGAAUGGCACUCUCUUUCUCUCGAACCUCUCUCUCGAUAACCCAGAAAUACUUUCCUUCAAAAACCCCCACGACAAAAUCAACAAUCCUAAACCUCCUCUCUUAUAAACCCCAUAAUCUCAACAAGUUCUCUACAAUCUCAAAACCCAACUCUUUCUCUCUGACCAUCACAAAACUCUCAAAAAGCCCAAAACCCAAAUCCCAUCUUCAGCCAGUAAGAUCACUCUUCACUGGCAUCGUUGAAGAAAUGGGCACAGUUCAAAGCUUGGGUGAUACCAAAGAUGGUGGCUUUGACCUUAAAAUAGAGGCAAAAACAGUACUUGAAGGUGUGCAUUUAGGUGAUAGCAUUGCAGUUAAUGGGACUUGCUUAACUGUUACUGAUCUCACUAAUGAAGACUUCACUGUGGGGUUAUCUCCUGAAACUUUGAGAAAAACAUCUCUAAUUGAGUUAAAGACUGGAUCUUUGGUUAAUUUGGAGAGGGCAGUCCAGCCUGAUAGUAGAAUGGGAGGGCAUUUUGUGCAGGGUCACGUGGAUGGCACCGGUAUGAUCGUAGAGAAGGAGCCAGAGGGUGAUUCUUUGUGGAUUAAAGUGAAAGCAGAUAAAGGGCUGUUGAAAUAUAUUGUGCCAAAGGGGUUUAUUGCAGUGGAUGGGACUAGUUUGACAGUUGUUGAUGUUAUGGAGGAAGAAGAGUGUUUUAAUUUUAUGUUAGUGGCUUAUACACAGCAGAAAGUUGUUGUUCCUUUGAAGGAAGUUGGUCAGAAGGUGAAUUUGGAGGUGGAUAUUUUGGGAAAGUAUGUUGAGAGGUUGCUUAGUAGUGGGUUUGUUGAUUCCUUCAAGGGUUCUUCAUGAUUAAAGAAAAAUGGAGUUGGGGCUUGUAAGAGAUCUCCUUGCAUUGCUGGUGCUGGGGGCAUACCUGCAUGAUAACAGUGGAUUUGGCGUUGAGGUUUUUCAUUUCAGGUUGGCUAUUUCUCAGUUGUUGUUACCUAGAUUGAUUCUGCUUUCAUUCUGUGGUAGUUGCAGAAGCGAUCUUGUGCUUCUUCUUCCUUGUUUGGUAAGUUGAUGGAGCUUAGCGAAAUUGGGUUAUUAAGAAUCAUCAUGUAACUUGUGUGUUUAUAAGAGACCAACUCCUGUGCAGAUAUCCUUGCCAAUUUGGCUACUAUGGGUGGUGUAACACCGGCUUUGCUUGUUGAUCCCCCUUGGUGGUGUGAUAACAGUCCUGUUUUUAGGGCCUUGCCAAUUGAAAUUGUGCAAUGUCAACUCAGGCUUAUGAUCUGUCCAGAGAACUCGUCCCUGUUACAAACCAUCUCUAUUCCCGAGUUGUGUUUGGUUGCGUAGCUAGAAAGAAAAACAGUUGGCAGCUGGCAAAUGCCAAAUUCUAGUUGUAGGUAUUAAUAAUAUUGUGAUGGAUAGCUAACUUUAUAGGAUGCAUGAUCUGAAUGCAUGUUUUGGUGUCUUCUCUGUACAUACUAUGCUUCAGUCUUCUCAUUAAUUCCGAUUUUCUUGCA